AUGCCGCGCAUCCUCCACGCCUCGCUCCGCCCUAGCGCCAGCGUCCUCCUCGUGCUGGGCGGCAGCGCCGCCGGCGGCUUCGGGUACCGCUACUGGACCAGCGCCAAAGACGCAUCGUCCGCCGCCGAGUCCUCGACGCUGCACCCGCUCCGCUUCGCGCACUACGCCAUCGCCGACCGCACGCCCGUCUCGUCCACAAGCAGCCUCUUCACGCUGCACGCGCGCGACGCCGACGCCACGGCGCAGCAGGACCUGCAGGACAUCUGGGCGCGCAGCGUGUGGAGCGUCGAGGCGAAGCAGCCACAGCUGCAGAUCGCGCGCGCGUACACGCCCCUCCCUCCGACGUCUUCCAGCUCCGAACCGGCCGACGGCGACGGCGGCGGCGACACGGCCGCCUCGCAGUUCCGCUUCCUCAUCCGCCGCGAGCGCGGCGGCGAGGUGUCCAACUACCUGCACCGGCUGCCGCCCGACGCCACCGUCGAGCUGCGCGGCCCGCACGUCGCGUUCGAGAUCCCGGACGAUGUCAGCGAGGUGCUGUUCCUGGCGGGCGGGACGGGCAUCGCGCCCGCCCUGCAGGUGGCGCGUGCGUUGCAGAUGAGAGGACGGGAGGCGAGCAUGCGGAUACUGUGGGCGAAUAGGAAGAGGGAGGAUUGCGUUGGCGGUAGGAGCGACACGGCGGCCGCGCAAGAGAUGGGUUCUGGGUGGGGGGCUUGGCUGGGAUGGAGCAGGAAAGAACAGGAGGAGGAUUCUGGGCGGACUGGCGGUGAGAGUGGUGUCAUUGUGAGGGAGAUUGACAAUCUGAAGCAUCGCGCGGGCUCUGGCCAGCGGCUUGCUGUCGACUACUUUGUCGACGAGGAGAAGACUUUCAUCCAGCCGUCCCACGUUAUACGGCAUCUGCAAGAAGCGAGCAAGCCUGGAGAAAAGAGUACCGGCUCACGGCUCAUCCUGAUCUCUGGACCCGAUGGAUUUUUGGACUACUGGGCUGGCCGAAAAAUAUGGGCCGAGCAAGGAGAGGUUCAAGGCCCACUCAGAGGAGCCCUUUCCAGGAUAGACCUCAAGGGCUGGAGAGUCUGGAAACUCUGA